AUGAGAAUCGAUUUCACGCUCCUGCUCGUCACUCUCGUCACCACUGUGACAGCCAGCGCCAUCGAUGGCUCCCGGCAUGUGGUGAGAGUUGAGGGCAUCGCGCAGUCAGAGGAGCACGAUCUGUACAAGCGCAAGGGCGGUGGCGGCGGAGGAGGCAGAGGAGGAGGCGGCAGCAGUGGAGGCAGCAGCGGCGGCAAGGGUGGCAGUUCUGGCGGUAGCAGCGGCGGCAGCAGUGGAAGUGGUGGAAGCAGUGGAAGCAGAGGCGGAAGCUCUGGAAACCGAGCCCCAAGCUCCAACGUCGGAGGCACAUCUGUGGGUGGAAGCGGCCCCAAGCCAGCAUACGGCGGUGGACGAUACUAUGGCGGUGGUGCGACAACUCCCUACCGCGCCGGUGGUGUGAGUCCAAGUGGUAUUGUCCCGAUUGCUCUCCUUGGAGGCGCCGCUGCUCUCGCUAUCUGGCCCGGAAUCUGGCUGUACGGCGCGUACAUGUACCCUUAUCACCAACCGUACCACUUCCACAAUGAGUCGAGCGGUCGUAACGAGACGCGAGAUGUUCUCUGUGGAUGCGGCACGUACGAUGUUUGCAGUUGCGAUGACAACAACAACACGGCGUACUAUGACAGCCUUAUCGGAAAUGGCUCCUAUGGCGCGCUCAACAAGAGCGUUGUUAACGUUGCCGACGUCAACGGCAGCACGACCCUUCUCAUCAAUGGCAGCCUUCCAAACGGCACAACAGCCGACGGCCCAGAUUCGAGCGCAGCUACUCUGCGAACCGCCGCUGAGAUGUUCGGCUUCUGGCCCGCUGUUGCUGCGGUCGUCGUCAUCGUCUUCCUCGCAUAA